AAAUCUGCCGACCCUUUUAUUUUAUUUAUAUAGGCAGCUUACUACAAACAACAAUAGCAUCUCUUCUAUUAAUACCGCCCGUGCGCUGCAAUUAUUAUGGCAAUAACAUAAUGUAGUGAUGAGUCGGAGAAAUGGUAGGCAAGGGACAAUGUGUAGAUACUGCAGAGAUUGUGUUAGAUCCCAAUUGAUGUAGUAAAAUCAUGCAGCCAUGAGAUUGAUAUAAAUCCAGCAGAUGCAAAAGGAAGGAAGGCAAAUCACAAGCUCGAACAAAAAUGGCUUCAACCUUGUUCCAAGCUCGCUCUGACAGUCUGCCUUCGAGACCACACCCUCUUAUGUCUCAGUUGGACGAUCAUAUCUGCAGAUUAAGGGCUUGUGGAGUAACUUCUACAUCUUCAACUUCAAUAACCCACAAGCUAAGCGGCCUUCAAGAUUUGCAUGACAGCAUAGACAAGUUGCUUCUUUUGCCUCUAACUCAGCAAGUGUUAGCGCAUCAGAACAAUCGGAAAUGGGUUGAUGAGUUGCUUGAUGGAUCCUUAAGAGUUCUUGAUGUUUGCAACGCUGCCAAGGAUGCAUUAUUGCAAACUAAGGAGUACACUCUUGAACUUCAAUCAACUAUCCGCAGAAGACAAGGAAGCUGCGAAAAUGUUCUCGCAACUGAGGUCAGAAAAUAUAUAACUUCUAGGAAGAUGGCAAAGAAAGCAAUCCAAAAGGCCAUGAAUGAUUUGAAGGGUUUAGAGAACAAAUAUUCAGUUUCUUGUAUUGGAAGUGGAAACGAAAUUGCAACCUUUGUCAGCAUGUUAAGAGAGGUUGAAGCAAUUACUCUUUCCGUAUUGAAAACCUUCAUGUCCUUCAUCUCUGGGAGCAAGGCGCAAUCCAAGCCAAGCAACUGGUCAGUAGUUUCAAAGCUUAUGAUCCGCAAAAGAGUAGCAUUUGACGAAGAAGAAACUAAAGUGAAUGAAUUCGCUACGGUGGAUGCUGCACUUGAAUCUUUCCUGGGAUGCAAGAUAACAUCUAAAUAUGAUAAUAUGGAGACUCUGCAAAACCAUCUCAAGAACUUGGAAGUAUGCAUUCAAGAUCUUGAAGAAGGAACUCAUAGCCUCUUCAGGAGAAUGAUCAAAACUAGAGUCUCCCUUCUCAACAUUUUCAAUUAGUAAUUAUCAUAGAGAUAAGAGUUUUUUCAGUUGUAGUUGUAAGAAAAUAUUCUUGUA